UCGGGCCCAAUGUGGAAUUGCUCGGGCAAUUAUGAGACCGAACCCGAAACCGAUCCUUCCCGAUAACGGAAGCAACGGGGAAGGUUGUGGGAAUGAGCGACAUGGCAGGAGGAGAAGAGGCGGCGGCUGACGGCUCGGCGGCACGGUGGGGACGACGGGCGUGGGAACUCCUGGAGAGGGUGCGGGCUCGCGCGCCGCUGGUCCAGUGCAUCACCAACUUCGUGUCCAUGGAUCUGAUGGCGAACGCGCUCCUGGCGGCCGGCGCGUCCCCGGCCAUGGUCCACUCCCUCUGCGAGAUCGACGACUUCACCCCGCGCGCCGACGCGCUCUGCGUCAACCUCGGCACGCUGUCGGACGGCUGGCUUCCCUCCAUGCGUGCCGCGGUGGCUGCUGCCGCCCGGUCCAGCCGCCCCUGGAUUCUCGAUCCCGUCGCGGUGUCUGCGUCCGAGUUCCGGAUGGAGGCUUGCCUGGGGCUGGUGGCCCUCUGGCCGACCGUGAUCCGGGGAAACCCAUCUGAGAUCAUCGCGCUCUCCUCUGCUUGCCGAGUUCGCGAUUCCAAAGGUGUGGACAGCUUCCAUGAGUCGCCAGAUGCUGUGGAAUCUGCUAAAUCACUGGCACAAAGCAGUGGUGCUAUAGUUGCAGUAUCUGGAGCCACUGAUUUUAUAACGGAUGGACAGAUAGUGGUAGCUGCACAAAAUGGAGUGGCCAUGAUGCAGAAGAUCACAGCAACAGGAUGUGCUGUCACAGCUCUCAUUGCUGCUUUUGUUGCAGUGGAACCAUCGAAUCCUUUGGAAGCAACAUCUUGUGCUCUCUCUAUAUUUGGCUUGGCAGGAGAGCUGGGGAUGGAAAUGGCAAAUGGCCCAGCUUCCUUGCGGGUGCACAUGAUCGACUCUCUUCAUGGCCUUCAUGAGCAUACUGUAGCUUCCCGGGUUAAGAUUUCUCUGGUAUCAUGAGGACAGCCAGAAAAUGGUGAUAUUUUCUCAUCUUGUCCUUUCUUUGUAUAUGGUUCACAAAUAACUGAGGAUGGCUGCAACCUCACAGUCGAUAAAGACACCGUACCUGUAAGAUGUGCUUUAAUUGCAGAAUUGAAGAGUUCCAUGGCUUUCUACAAGUAAGAUAGAUCUGUUCUUUUUGCUAGUUAGCAUGGAAAGAGCAAGUAGACCAUCUGUCGUGAGGAUCACAUGUGCUAACAUCUAAAUUUUGUGAUGGAAAUUCCCAGGACAUGGUCUAGUGUGUUGCAUCUCAAUUAUCACACACCUGUGAUUGAACUGGCCAAGCUGUCCAACAAACCUUUGGUUGGAAUCUUCAGCAAGAGCCUCAAGUAAUUGAGCAAGUCACCAGAAAGAACCACAGAGAUCAAUCUUCUGGAGUUCUCAGCCGACUUAUUAGUUUGGUGGAAUAGGUCUUUGUUCACUGCCAUCUUGAAAUCAAGUUCUCUCACAAGUUUACCACUGGCAAGCUGAGUUUUCUGGAUCUUCAGUGAUUGUCUGAAGCCAUAAAGCUUAUGAUCUCUUUGCCAGCUACAUGGCUGAAAAAUGCAUGUCUUUUGACCACGACAAUGAUGCUUGAGCUGUUGCAGUCAAAGGGUACAGUCGAUGCUGAAUGCCAUACUGGGCAGCACUCACUAUCUGAUGCAGCAAAAAGCCAGCUUUUACUGUUGAGGGAUGCAGCUUAAUUUGGAUCAGAUGAUGUUGCAGUUAAGUUGGAUAAAAGGAUUUACAUGGGAAGAGGUGAAAACAGAGACAGCAGAGCUGCACAUGCUACCAUGGAAGACUUACUCUGGUGAUUCCACUGCAAUCAAAAUUUUCCUUUGCUGCUUAAAGAUGUCAACAUUAUGUCAGUUGCAUGGUUCUGUAGAAGAAGAUCUUGCCACUUGUAUGUAUAUUUGAACUGUGCUUUUGCUCCUUCAAAGAUACAUUCUUUAAAAGAAAGCAUAAGCUUUCUCCA